UAAUUAAAGGGUGAUAAUAUUACAAGGAUUGAUCUGUCGGCAGUCGGACGCGGGCCUGACGGGGCGCAAGAUCAUCGUGGACACGUACGGCGGCUGGGGCGCGCACGGCGGCGGCGCGUUCUCGGGCAAGGACUUCACCAAGGUCGACCGCUCCGCCGCCUACGCCGCGCGCUGGGUCGCCAAGUCGCUCGUCAAAGCCGGCCUCUGCCGCCGCUGCAUGGUGCAGGUUGCGUAUGCUAUUGGUGUGGCGGAACCUCUUUCCAUUACCGUAUUCGACUAUGGAACCUCACACAAGACACAGCAGGAACUUCUUGCCAUUGUACAGAAGAACUUUGAUCUACGCCCAGGAAAAAUAGUCAAAGAAUUGAACUUGCGCGCGCCGAUCUAUCAGAGAACGAGUACCUACGGUCACUUUGGACGAGAGGGAUUCCCAUGGGAGAAUCCCAAGCCGUUGGUUGUAGAAUGACUUCGGACUUGGGCCCUAGAACAUUGUAAAUAUUCACCAGUAUAUAAACACUUAAUCUACGUGUGUCAUUGUAGUGAGACGCAAGUAUGUCGCAGGUGUCUCUCUUUUUAGAAGAUUAAUGUUUACGUGAACCAAACCUCGUCAAUGGAACUGUGCGUCGGCCGUGGGCCUCAUCACGGUUGCAUUUACGAGUCUCAUCGUAAUAAUUAAGUAUUCACUAGUUAGUUGAUAGGAUCAACACGGUGCCGACAUUUCUGAAUUUGAGUUAGUUCACGGGUUUUAACGGCAGUCUUAUUGUUUAAGAUUACAAUAUGUUCCUUUAUGAUUGAUGAGUUUUGUGAUCUGUAUUUUAUAUUUACACUGCCCAAUUUUAACUUAGAUUAAUGAAUUGUCCAGUGACACUGGCAUAAUUUGUCUAUAUGAAAUUUGACAAUGUUUAAACAGAGGACUGCCUACAAUCUCGAAUGUUGUUUCAUUGUGAGCUUUACGAUAUAAGUUCAACGAUUGUAUAGUAGAGUAGACUACUUCUCUGGUGUUGUCACAGUGGAGUGAGUGCCUGAGAGUGGCCACACUCGCCCUUACUCACUUCACUGCAAAGGUAGUACGACGCGCGAGCUGCUUGCCAUUGUUUUUGUAUUUCUUUAUGUUGUUUUGUUUCCAUGUCUGUGCACUUAGUUUAUUAAACAUAUUCCUAUAUAGUUAAUUAUCACCCGACAUCUCUCGCGUCGUGCAAUUUGUGUUGUGUUUCCGAAAAGGAUUGAAGAGGAAAAGAGCCAUUUUGAAAACACACCGACUGUACCAGGGCAGUAGUGCACUGUGCAUUUAUUCCUAAUUAUGAUAAUUGUAAUUCCGCUGUAGGUGUAAUUAGGCAGAAUUCUAACCGUACAUUUGACAUUUAGGAAUUAACUUAGUUUAUUUGAUAGGACGGUUAGUAAGUCUUUGUGAUUAUAUUUUUGAUCUGUUGCAACUUCGACCUGUUAAAGUUGAACUAAUUAACGUACUGUGGAUUUAUCAAUUUGAGAGAUUGUGGAAUUUAACUAAUAAAUUAUGUUCUUCCGGAACAUUUCCGGGGUA